CCUUCACAAAACACCGUUCGAUAAAUCUCGGUUCGUGCCCUAAAACCCUCUUCUAAAAAAUCCCGCCAAUCCCUGCAGGUUAAUCCCUUAACCUCCCCUUAUCCCCCCUAUUCUCCCCUAAAAACCCUAGCUAUCGAACCUAGAAAUUAAAACCCUUCCUCUUCAGGAUGAGCUACGCUGCCUUCAAGAUGAUGCACUGGCCUACGGGCAUCGAGAACUGCGCCUCGGGCUUCAUCACUCACUCUCCCGCCGACGCCGCCGCCUCCGUGAUCCUCCCUCAUUUGCAACCCGACGACCUCGACUCCGAUUUCGCACCAACGCGACGAAUCGGUCCAAUCCCCAACCUCGUCGUCACUGCCGGCAAUGUGGUCGAGGUCUACAUCGUUAGGGUUCAGGAAGACGACGCCAGGGUCUCCCAGGCCCCAAUAGAGCCUCGAGGAGGGGGCGGCAUCAUGGACGGGCUUCGUGGGGCCCGCCUGGAGCUAGUCUGCCAUUACAGAUUGCAUGGGAAUGUUCAAUCCAUGGCGGUGUUAUCUUUGGGAGGAGAUGAACGAAGUAAGAGACGAGAUUCAAUAGUUUUGGCAUUUCAAGAUGCCAAACUUACUGUUCUUGAAUAUGAUGAUUCUACACAUGGAUUGCGCACUAGUUCAAUGCAUUGUUUUGAAGGACCAGAUUGGCUUUUCCUGAAAAAAGGCAGGGAAUCAUUUGCUAUGGGCCCUCUAGUAAAGGCUGAUCCCUUGGGUCGAUGUGGUGGAGCACUUGUCUAUGAUCUUCAGAUGAUAGUUCUCAAGGCUGCUCAGACUGGCCAAGGACUAGUUACAGAUGAUGAGCCUACUAGCGUGGGAGGUAGUACUGCUGCAGUUCGUAUAGAGUCAUCGUAUGUAAUUAACUUGCGGGAGUUGGAUAUGAAGCAUGUUAAAGAUUUCACAUUUGUACAUGGUUAUAUCGAACCUGUUAUGGUCUUUCUUCACGAAAGGGAGCCUACUUGGGCUGGACGUAUCUCAUGGAAGCAUCAUACAUGCUUGAUAUCUGCCCUAAGCAUCAGCACAACCCUAAAACAACAUCCUUUAAUUUGGUCUGCUGCCAAUCUUCCACAUGAUGCUUACAAACUUCUCGCCGUGCCUUCUCCUAUUGGUGGUGUCCUUGUGAUAUGUGCAAAUAGCAUCCAUUAUCACAGUCAGUCUUCAUCUUGUGCACUUGGCCUUAACAGUUUUGCCAUGCAGAUGGAUAGUAGCUCAGACAUGCCAAAAGCUAGCUUCAAUGUGGAGCUUGAUGCGGCAAAAGCUACAUGGCUUUCUCCUGAUGUUGUCAUCUUCUCUUCAAAAAAUGGAGAGCUACUCUUACUUACGUUGGUUUCUGAUGGAAGAAUCGUGCAGAAACUUGACCUUAUGAAAUCUAAAGCAUCCGUUUUGACCUCGGGAAUCACAACAAUGGGGAGUUCUUUCUUUUUCUUGGGUAGUCGGUUGGGAGACAGUCUUCUUGUGCAGUAUAGUUAUGGGGCAUCAUCCCCAACUUCUGCACAUGUAAAAGAUGAGAUUGCUGAAAUUGAAGGUGAUGUUCCAGCAGUAAAACGAUUAAAGAGGAUGUCAUCUGAUUCCCUUCAGGAUGUUGCAAGUGCUGAGGAGCUUUCUUUGUAUGCUACAGCUCCAAAUAGUUCAGAAUCAACACAGAAGGUCUUCUCCUUUGCAGUUCGUGAUACAUUGAUUAAUGUUGGCCCGCUAAAGGACUUUUCGUAUGGUUUGAGGAUAAAUGCUGAUCCAAAUGCAACAGGACUUGCAAAGCAAAGCAACUAUGAAUUGGUUUGCUGCUCCGGACAUGGAAAGAAUGGUGCCCUUUGUGUUCUUCAGCAAUCAAUACGGCCCGAAUUGAUUACUGAGCAGGUUGAGUUGCCUGGUUGCAAAGGAAUUUGGACUGUGUACCAUAAGAGCUCACGUAGACAUGCAGUUGAUUCUUCAAAGACAUUGACAGAAGAUGACGAAUACCAUGCAUAUUUGAUUAUAAGUUUGGAGACCCGUACAAUGGUCCUCGAGACUGCUGAUGAUUUGGGAGAGGUUACAGAAAGUGUUGGCUAUUAUGUUCAAGGCAGUACAAUAGCUGCAGGAAACUUAUUUGGAAGGCGUCGAGUUGUCCAGAUUUUUGCACGUGGUGCUCGUAUUCUUGAUGGCUCUUAUAUGACACAGGAGUUGAGUUUCGCCAUGAAUAAUUCUGAAUCAGCUUCAUCAGCUUCUAAUUCAGAGCCUUCAACAGUAUCAUCUGUUUCUAUAGCCGAUCCCUAUGUCUUACUGAAAAUGACUGAUGGGAGCAUUCAAUUGCUCGCCGGAGACACAUCCACCUGUACAGUCUCUGUUAAUGUCCCAGCUAGGUUUGCGAGUUUAACAGACCCUAUUUCUGCCUGUACCCUUUAUCAUGAUAAAGGACCUGAACCAUGGCUCCGCAAGGCAAGUAGCGACGCAUGGCUUUCUACUGGAAUUGCUGAGGCAAUUGAUGGAAGUGAUGGAUCAUAUCCCGAUCAGGGUGACAUAUAUUGUCUGGUUUGCUAUGAAAGCGGAAUACUUGAAAUAUUCGAUGUGCCAAAUUUUAGAUCUGUUUUUUCUGUAGAUAAAUUCAUGUCUGGCAAGUCCCAUCUUAUGGAUAUGUGUAUUGUUCCUCAAAAAACAAAACCCAGGAAUUUUGAAGAGACAAUAAAAAAGGAACCUACACAAAACUUGAAGGUCAUGGAAUUGGUUAUGCAAAGAUGGUCUGGUCAGUAUAGUAGACCAUUUCUUUUUGCGAUACUGAAUGAUGGGACAAUGCUUUCUUAUCAUGCUUAUCUAUACGAGGGCCAGGAAAAUGCACCAAAAGCCGAAGACGCACUGUCCCCACAUAGUUCAAGUAAUAUGAACAGUACUGGCACAUCAAGAAUGAGAAAUCUGAGGUUUCAACGUGUUUCUAUAGACACUAAUAUACAAGAAGAUUCAUCGAAUGUUACUGUACGUCCAAGAAUUACAAUAUUUAAGAACGUUGGCGGCUAUCAGGGUUUAUUUCUUACAGGGUCAAGACCAGCUUGGUUUAUGCUCUGCAGAGAACGACUUAGAGUGCAUCCACAGCUUUGUGACGGCUCAAUCGUUGCCUUUACUGUUCUGCACAAUGUAAAUUGUAAUCAUGGACUGAUAUAUGUCACAUCACAGGGUUAUUUGAAAAUAUGCCAAUUGCCAUCUGCAUGCAACUAUGAUAACUACUGGCCAGUUCAGAAGAUUCCGUUGAGGGGAACACCGCAUCAAGUCACCUAUUUUGCGGAAAAGAGCCUGUAUCCAGUCAUAGUUUCAGUUCCUGUUGUCAGACCCCUUAGUCAAGUGUUAUCUUCAUUAGUUGAUCAAGAUAGUGGCAAUCAGAUGGACCAGGACACAGUAAGUUCUGAUGGUCUACAGAACAAUUAUUGUAUAGAUGAAUUUGAGGUGCGAAUUUUUGAACCUGAGAAGUCCGGAGGACAUUGGGAACCAAAAGCUACAAUUCCAAUGCAAACUUCUGAAAAUGCUCUCACUGUGAGAAUGGUCACGCUGCUUAAUUCAACAACAAAGGAAAAUGAAAGCCUUUUGGCCAUCGGAACAGCUUAUGUUCAAGGAGAGGAUAUAGCUGCUAGAGGAAGAGUUCUUCUGUUUUCUAUUGGCAGAAAUAGUGAGAAUCUCCAAAAUCUGGUAUCAGAGGUUUACUCUAAAGAACUAAAGGGUGCUAUCUCAGCUUUAGCAUCUCUUCAGGGUCACUUGCUGAUUGCAUCUGGACCAAAAAUAAUCCUGCACAAGUGGACAGGUUCAGAGUUGGUUGGUGUUGCCUUUUACGAUGCUCCUUUGCAUGUCGUGAGCUUGAAUAUAGUUAAAAAUUUUAUCCUUUUGGGUGAUAUUCACAAAAGUAUAUACUUCCUCAACUGGAAAGAACAAGGUGCUCAAUUAAGUUUGUUGGCCAAAGAUUUUGGCUCGCUAGACUGUUUUGCAACAGAGUUUUUGAUCGACGGAAGUACACUUAGCCUGGUUGUUUCAGAUGAUCAGAAGAAUAUCCAGAUAUUCUACUAUGCACCGAAAAUGUUGGAGAGUUGGAAAGGACAGAAGCUUCUAUCAAGAGCAGAGUUCCAUGCCGGAGCACAUAUUACAAAAUUUUUAAGGUUGCAAAUGCUACCAACAUCCUCUGACCGAGCAAGUGGAGCACCAGGGUCUGAUAAGACCAACCGUUUUGCCCUUUUAUUUGGUACUCUAGAUGGGAGUAUUGGUUGUGUUGCACCACUAGAGGAGCUCACUUUCCGCAGACUUCAGACCUUACAAAAGAGAUUAGUAGAUGCUGUUCCUCAUGUGUGUGGAUUGAACCCUAGAUCAUUCCGACAAUUUCACUCAAAUGGAAAGGCACAUCGUCCUGGCCCUGAUAACAUGGUCGAUUUUGAGCUUCUCUCCCAUUAUGAAUUGUUGCCUCUGGAGGAACAACUGGAAAUAGCGCAUCAAAUCGGGACUACCCGUUCACAGAUUCUUUCCAAUUUAAAUGAUCUUUCCCUGGGAACAAGCUUUUUGUAGAGACAACGAUGAUAAUUGUUCUCAAUGAGAUGGGUGCCUGGUGUCUUUGGGACAAAUCCACAUGUUCAACCGUUCAUCUGCUGGUGAUCUACCCAAUGUCCUUCCUGGUUUAUGCUUUCAUGUCAUGUCAUGUGGCUGCUGACUGUUUACGCUAAUUUGGAGGUGGAUGAAUCUGUUUUCCAUUCGUUGCCUCUACCCUAAUGUCAUCGAAACUAAGCAAAAGAAUUCGACAAUGCGAAGGGUCUAAUUUAUGUAAACCAAUUUGUAGGGUUAUGGGAUGACUUGAAUUCGUCUGAACGUGCAAUUGGAGAACGAAGCUCUCAUGUUGAGGGUUUUGGGAUGACUUGAAUUCGUCUGAGUGCAAUUGGAGAACGAAGCUCUCGUGUUGUAAUUUAACUUGUAUUCAUGCAUGCCAACAGUCGUCUAUAUAAGUUUUUCGGUUCAGGAAUUUUAAUGACUGUGUCCUAGUGUUCUUAGUUUUAAUUUGGAUGGGAUGUUCUGAUGUUCCAAACCCAUCAGCAUCAUCAUCUUGAGAGUUAUUCUUAGUGACGGAAGGAAGCGUUCAUAACAUGUGCAUUUAGUUGAUCGUUCACCAUGUAUCUUUACGUGACAGCUCGGCCGGAUUGUUUUUGCUGCUUGAUGACAAUUGACAUGUACUUUCACUUUUUAGUUCUCCUUAAUGUAAUAUUGAUAGCGUGCAUAUAUUUGUAGCGUGAACUUCUGAACAAUUAAGAAUGUAAAUUGGGCUGUUACCAAAAUUGGACUAGUGUUUGGCGCUGGUUGAUCAAUCGAUCAGCAUGUAGUAUAACGUUUGUUUA